AUGAACGUCCACCUCGGCGAGUGCCCCCGCUUCGAGCCCUUCUCCGCCUCGACCUGCUUCGACGCGAUGAAGGACCGCGCGGACCUCGUGGAGAUGAAGACCGGCCGCAAGGAGAGCCACGCCUUCUUCGACACGUUCAUGGACGUGUCCGAGGUCAAGGGCGCCGACGGCUCCUGGCACAGCGACCUCCGGAACCGCAUCACGGACGAGUACAUCAACUGGACCGCCCACGAGAUCGUCGCCUACGCGACCUUUCUGCGCGCGACCCGCAUCGUCUACAAGCCCUACGGCCAGGUCGCCUUCGACAACCUCCACCGCAUCAUCGCCGCCGUCACGCGCAUCCAGAACGAGGGCAUGUAG